UGACCCCUGACCUCUGGCGGCGCCCUCCGCCGGGCAGCCGUUAGAAGCGCCGCUGCGGCCGCCGCCGCUGCCCCCCCCUCCCUCCGUCCCGGCCAUGGAGGCCACGGCAGCCUCGCCCUCCGAGCCCCAGGACAGCUUCUUAACAAGCGCCGACCUACGAACCCGAGUCCUUCAGUUUGUAGAAGAGAGGAUUCAGACAACUAUGUUAACCGGGAUAGCCAUUGGCGCAGCGGUGGCCUUGGCUCUGAUUGGGAUCGUUGUGUAUUUUGUGUACAAGAAGGUGAAGGAAUCGAAACAAUCUCAGGCACACGUGCCCCAGUACAGGUUUCGCAAGAGAGACAAAGUGAUGUUCUACGGCCGUAAGAUCAUGCGGAAGGUGACAACUCUGCCAAACACUCUGGUCGGCAACACAGUGCCCCGUCAGCGCAUGCGAAAGAGGGCCAAGGUUUUGUCCUUGGCAAAGAGGAUUCUACGCUUCAAGAAGGAAUCUCCCAUCCUGCAGCCCAAGGACCCACCUCCUUCCCUGCUGGAGGCUGAUUUAACCGAAUUUGACGUCAAGAGCUCCCACCUGCCUUCCGAAGUCCUUUACAUGCUUAAAAACGUCCGGGUCCUCGGUCACUUCGAGAAGCCCCUUUUCCUGGAGCUGUGCAAGCACAUGGUUUUCGUGCAGUUGCAUGAAGGGGAAUAUAUCUUCCGGCCGGGGCAGCUGGACAACAGCAUCUACGUCGUGCAGGACGGGAAGUUGGAAGUCUGCAUCCAGGAGAGCGAUGGCACAGAGAUGGUGGUGAAGGAAGUUUUGCCCGGGGACAGCGUACACAGCCUUCUCAGCAUUCUGGACGUCAUCACGAGCAGCUUUGGGCUCUCUGGCUCCCUGACCCAAAUCCUUGCCGUGCCUCUUCCGCCCUCCCAGGAGAGCCAGGCCAUCCCGCUGGUCUCGAUUGCCAGCGUCACCUCCGGGGGCAACGCCAGCCGGGUGGUGAGACGGCAGCUGUCCAACCUGUCGGAGGAGGAGCGGGCUGAGAGGCUGGAGAGACACGCCUCCCUGGAGACCACAGAUUCUGGGAAACCUCCUGGCCCAGAGCCGCUGCUCCGGAGAAGCGUCUCUCUGAACACCCCUUUUGGAUACACCGAUGCUGCAGGUGGAGCUAAGCCAGACUUGGAAGCUCUCAGCGACAGACACCGGAUUGAAAUCGAGGCUUCUUCCUCUGACACAACUGCGUACAAGCCCACCUCGAAGAAAACCGUGACGGUGACCGAGAUGCCCUCGGCCAUCUUCCAUUACACACAGGACGACGCGCCUGUCCAGGAAUUCGGUGCCACCAAGCAGGUCAACACCAUCUUAGAAGCAGCCAAGAAAGAUCUGCUGACCUUGAUGAAGCUGGAUGAUCUCUCUCUCUUAAAUGGGAAAGUGACCCUCCAUCAGGUCACCGCAGGGACGAUGGUGUCACGGCAAGGUGACCAGGAUGUCAGCAUCCGGUUCGUGAUCUCGGGGGUCCUGCAUGUCUACCAGCGGAAGAUCGAUUCGGAGGAAGAGACCUGCCUCUUUGUCACCCACCCAGGAGAGCUGGUGGGGCAGCUCGCCGUCCUCACGGGAGAACCGCUGAUCUUCACCAUUAAGGCCAAUCGCGAUUGCACCUUCUUGGCGAUCUCCAAGUCCCAGUUUUAUGAGAUCAUGCGUGAGCAGCCCACAGUGGUCCUGGGAGUGGCUCACAUGGUGGUGAAGCGCAUGUCGUCCUUCGUGAGGCAAAUCGACUUCGCCCUGGACUGGAUGGAGGUAGAAGCUGGGCGCGCCGUUUACAGGCAGGGGGAUCAUUCGGACUGCACCUACAUUGUCCUGAAUGGACGUCUCCGCUCGGUCAUCAGGCAGGACGACGGGAAGAAACACCUGACAGGCGAAUAUGGCCGGGGGGACCUGAUUGGCGUGGUUGAAGCACUAACUCACCAACCCAGGGCGACUACCGUACACGCCGUUCGGGAUUCGGAGCUGGCCAAACUUCCAGAGGGAGCGCUGAUCUCCAUCAAACGCAAGUUCCCCCAGGUCGUGACGCGACUUAUCCAUUUACUGGGUGAGAAGAUCCUUGGGAAUCUACAGCAAGGGGGGCACCAGUUGGGCCUACACACCGCCAGCAGCAAGUGGGACGCCGGCAACCCAGCCAGCAAUCUCGCCACGGUGGCCAUCAUGCCUGUCUCGGAAGACGUGCCUCUCUCGACCUUCACCCUGGAACUCAAACAUGCCCUCUGCGCCAUCGGCUGCUCCCAAGUCGGGGUGAUCAGAGCGCUGAACGAGGCUGGGAUUCCUAUUGACAUGAUUGGUGGCACGUCCAUCGGUUCCUUCAUGGGUGCCCUGUACGCGGAAGAGCGGAGCUAUACCCAGAUGCGGAUCAAAGCUCGGCAGUGGGCCAUGAAUAUGAAUUCGGUGUUCAAAACGGUUCUUGACUUGACCUACCCCAUCACGUCCAUGUUCUCCGGGGCCUCGUUUAACAACGGCAUCUGCGACAUCUUCAGAGAUAAGCAGAUCGAGGAUCUCUGGAUUCCUUUCUUCAUCAUCACCACCGACAUCAGUGCCUCGGCUAUGAGGGUCCACACGGAUGGUUGUCUGUGGCGAUACAUCAGGGCCAGCAUGUCUCUCUCCGGUUACUUGCCCCCUCUCUGCGAUCCAAAAGACGGACAUCUGCUAAUGGAUGGUGGCUACAUCAAUAACCUCCCAGCGGACGUUGCCCGAUCCAUGGGAGCCAAGGUCGUCAUCGCCAUCGACGUGGGCAGCAGAGACGAGACGGACCUCACCAAUUACGGAGACGCACUUUCCGGCUGGUGGUUGCUGUGGAAACGGUGGAACCCAUUAGUGGAGAAAGUGAAGGUGCUGAACAUGGCCGAGAUCCAGACUCGGCUGGCCUAUGUCUGUUGCGUCCGGCAGUUGGAGAUGGUCAAGAACAGCGACUAUUGCGAAUAUAUCCGGCCACCCAUCGAUCACUACGGGACGCUGGAAUUUGGGAAAUUCGAUGAAAUCUGCGAAGUCGGCUACCAGCACGGGAAGACGGUUUUCAAUGUUUGGUGCAGGAGCGGAGUCCUCGAGAAAAUGCUGAAGGACCGGCAGGAGCGUUGCCAGUCUAAGCCAUCAUGUUACAUGACAUGCCCGACAACCUCUUUCACGGAUUUGGCUGAAAUCGUCUCCCGAAUAGAACCGGUGAAGGCCAUGAUAGUGGAUGACGAAUCCGACUACCAGACCGAAUACGAAGAGGAGAUUUUCGACAUCCAGAAAGAUGACUACGUCAAUUUCCUGAGCAGCCAAACGGAAGAAUAUUUUGACUCUCAGGAUCCAGAAAUCCGCCAGCGAAAACCUAUCCGCGGCGACUCCGAAGACAGCCAACUCGCAGCAUAACAAGACCGACUCUAAAAAACCCACCUUGGCUCACCUGGCUUUCUCCUCCUCCUCCCCCUCAUUGCCAACUUCCUUCGUGUGGAGAAGCCGUGGGCGCCUCUCCCUUCCCUACUCCAUUUCUCGGUCUAAAAAACCAAGGUGUCCCCAACACCCCCCCCAAAAAAGUGAUUGGCAUCCGCUGAUGGACAAACGGGGAGCGGGGAGGUGGGGGGGCGCGUGCCAUCCGCCUCUUUGCAAACUCUCGGCACCUGCAGAAACUUUGGGGCUGUUUGGACAAACCGAGAGGGCAGGAAGAAGGGAAAGGAGCCCCAUUGCCCAAAUCCGGGGUGAAAGGACAAAUAGCGGAGCGGAGGGCGGACUCCUGGCCGCCUUCAGCGCACUGGAUCUCAGCGAGUUUGGUGCUCUGUCUCCAAGGGGAACCGAAAGUCCCCCACCCACCCCAGGAAUUGGCAUCUAGCGUAGGGGACGUGUUUUGCUCGGGGCCGAAUGUCUGAGAUGGAAGCCAUCUGCCUGGUGGGGGGGUGGCGGGUGGAAAGGAAACAAGAGUCGUGAUGACAACUGCAGUGACUUUCACACCAACAUCCGUUCAAGCAACGCUGCUUCUGCGGCGGCAGAACGAGUUUUCUCAGGUUCCUGCAAGAAGCUG